AGUUCAGAGUGGCCGACCGGCGCCGGCGGUGCCGCGUUAUCUGGUGUCCCCGCGUCGGCAUGGUUGGGCCGAUAGCUCUGUGAUAGCAGCCUGGCGUGCCCGCACCACCGCCGAGUGUCAAUCCCGACUUUCGCGCCAUCGGUCAGCCCGCGCCAAAACGGGACAGCACCAUCACACCGAUCUGCCAGCAGCAAGAUGCCCGCGCCCAACGCCGUCCCGCGGCUGGCCGCCCUGCUCUGUCUGCUGGCGGCCGGAGUCGGCGGAUCGCUGUACGCCGACCUGUUCGGCAGCUCGGCCUCCGUGUGCACCGAGCAGUCGCCGCUGGGCGCGCCGUGCUUGUGUCCGCGCGAGCAGUCGCGCCUCCACCAGGGCGCCGACUGCUCGGACCGCCAGAUCGCCGAGCUGCCCGCCGAGCUGGAGCUGCCCGACGGCAUUCCGUCCGUCUCCUUCCAGCAGAACCGCAUCGCCGAGGUCAAACGCGAUCAGUUCCGCUACAACGCCGCCGUCGAGGUGCUGCGCCUCUCCAAGAACCGAAUCGCCGCCGUCGGGCCGCGCGCCUUCUCCAACCUGCCCGGACUGGAGCUGCUGCUGCUCGACAAGAACGGCCUCGCCGAGAUCGACGCCACCGCCUUCGAGGGUCUGACGAGGCUGGCGCGGCUCGACCUGGGCUUCAACCAGCUGCGCACGCUGGAGCCGUCGCUGUUCUCGGGCACUGCGAUCCGUGAGCUGCAGCUGCACUACAACCCGCUGGUGACGCUGGCCCCGGACACGAUGCUGUUCCUGCCGCAGCUGCAGAAGAUCGACCUGGACAGCACGGACCUGAGCGAGCUGCCGGCCGAGCUGUUCGCCUCCUGUCCGCACCUCAUCACGCUGCUGGUGCCGCACAACCGGCUGACGGAGAUCCCGCACCAGACGCUGCGGCGCGCCGCCGGCCUGCGCCACCUCGACCUCAGCGGCAACCAGCUGCAGACGGUGCCGGCCGGCGCCUUCGCCGAGUGCCCCGAGCUGCGCCGGCUCGUGCUCAGCUCCAUGAAGACGCUGCAGCGCGUGGAGGGGCACGCCUUCAGCGGCCUGGACCAGCUCGAGGAGCUGCUGUGCCAGUUCAAUCCGGCGCUGACCGAGGUGGACGCGUCGGCAUUCCGCCACGAGGGCUCGGAGAGGUUCCUGGCCAGCCUGCAGCUGGUCGACCUCAAGGAGAACGCGCUGACCCAGCUCAGCGCCGAGCUGCUUCCCUGGAGCAGCGUCGAGUUCAUCGACCUCGAGAUGAACCCCUGGACGUGCGACUGCGAGUUAGAGUGGGUGACUGGAGUCAACCACUCCUUCAAACAGGAGCCGCUCUUCAAGUGCAGUGAGCCCCCGACGGUGUCCGGUCGGGCCAUCCACACGCUGAAGGCGGAGGAAUUCGUGUGCGAGGAUGAGGGCGCCAACAUCGCGCUCAUCGUCUGUCUCACGCUCCUCGGGGUGGGCGUGGCGGCCGGCCUCAUAUUCGCGCUCUGGAAGUUCAACGUCUGCGAGACGAUGGAGAAGAAGCUGACCACCAGGCCCAAGUACGGCGCCGUGCCGGUCCGCUCUCACCCAGACAAGAUCGAGGUGGAGGGUCUGGAGUGGGACAGGAACGACAUCGGCGUGUGAGUGGCCGGGAACGCGACAGCGGAGUGUGAGCGGCCGAGAGGACGACAGCGCGGUGUGAGCGGCCGAGGGGACGAAGGGAGGGGGACAGCGUGCGGCGGCCUGCGUAGACACCCGGCCGACACCCUGGGCCGGCCUCGCACUGGCCGUGUGUGUGUGCGUGUGUGUCAGAUGUAUCCAUCGGCGCGACAUGCCCGACAGUGACGCGGAGAGGACCGCUGAAUCUGGAGAGAAUGUCGACUAGACAGUGAAGGCCUUAUAUUUCCGGAGAGAGGGAAUAGCGAAAUUUGCAGGGAUCUCCAACAAAGGUCAUUGAUUGUGAAAAUUAAGUAGCCUUCAAUUGAGGCCAGAUUUAGCAACAGAAAAACUGCCGGAUGCCGUUGCUUGAAGCCUAAAAAGUCGCCCACGAGUUUUGCCAGCCCCUAUGAAGUCAUAUAUGAAAACCACCAGCUAUGCUGGCUGAUCUUUCAUCACAUUAGUUUUGGUGUGUCGGGCUGGUGAAACUUGUGGGCAGCUUUCAGGAAUAAGAGAUAGCCACAGCCGGCAAUUUUGUCUGGGCGAGACAACAGGCUCUGGUGAGGCGACAUAAAGUCAGUGGUAUCUAUUGAGUGUUGACCGUCCUAGGCCUAUCGCUAGUUGGCUUUGGUCGUAUGUGCACAACUUUGACACAAAUUUUAUUCCAAAGAGGCAUAAGUACUUCUUCGUGUUUCGAUAGUCAAAAGCUUAUGUGUUCCAUGCCCUUAGCAAUAAGUUGUGAAGUUGAUGAAAGUUGCGUAUCCAAGUGUAGCCACCCUUGGUCUGACGCGACACUGAGAGUUAGGCGUGCUGGUGUGUGAGCCCCAGUAGCGGAAUCGCAGUGGAGGGAUUCCUACUAACGGUGACCGAGACGCUAAAUGCGCCUUGCCGUUCACACGCUGAAUGCCCGAAGGUUGUUAGUUGAGACGAUGUCAUGCGCUGGCAAGUGUUUUGAUGCCACCGAGUUGUGUUUUUAAUAAAUAAAUUGUUUCAAACUU